CUUUCUCUUUCUCUUUCUCCUCCUCUUUCUCCUCCCUUUGGCCUCAGAAACGACCCGGGAAGCCGCUCGCCUCCUGCCCGGCUCUCAAGCCGGAUUUCCUGGCUCUUUGGGAAGCCCAAGGCGAGCAUCUCUGGAUGGGAAACAGAGCCGCUUUCAAGAUAAAUGAGAAGACGGAGAAAGAGGAAGAUGGGGCUGGUCAAGAGCAAGAGCACGUCGCCAAACGCCACAAAGGACAUCCAGAUAAUGGAGGACCUGAAAUACCUUCCGGAUGAGCUGCUGCUGCUGAUCCUGAGCUGGGUGCCCGGGCGGGGGCUGGUGCGGCAGUGCCGCUUGGUGUGCCGCAAGUGGAGGGACCUCAUCGACAAGCCCACCCUUUGGAGGCUGCAGUGCGAGCGGGACCCCCUGGCCAAGCCGGCCGUGGAAGCCGCUGCCCUGGGCAGCUCCCACAUAGACUGGUGCCGGAUCAGCAUUCUGCGGCCUUUUGGGAGGAACCUGAUCAAGAACCCCUGCGGAAAGAACCAGUUUCAACACUGGGAGACUGAAAACGGAGGCAAUGGCUGGAAAGUGGAGGACAACCGGGACCGCGUGGAAGGAGCCGAGGCCCAGACCUGCUUUGUGUCUUCAUAUGAAUGGUGUGUAAAAUCUCAGGUGGUUGAUUUGCUACAAGAAGGCUUGGGAGAAGAACUGAUGGACGCCUUCCAACCGGACAUUUGUAUUGCUGACUGGUGGGGCGCCCGGGACGACUGUGGUUGCAUCUACAAAAUCAAAGUCGACCUCCUGGCCGCUGACCGGACCUCGGUCGUCUCCCAUUUCACAGCUGAGCCAGAUGGCAUCCCGCAAUGGAACAAUGCUAAAUAUCAACAGGUGUCCCACGUUUUCCGGAAUUACGGCCCCGGCGUCCGCUAUAUCCGUUUCCUCCACGCAGGGAAAGACACCCAAUUCUGGGCAGGACAUUAUGGAGCGCGAAUCACAAAUUCAAUGGUUAUAGUUAAAUUCUCCUUGAAGCCCCUGGGUGCAUCCACACUGGCACAUUAAUGCAGUUUGGCAUCAUUGUAACUUCCAUGGUGCAGUGCGUUGGAGUCUUGGGAGUUGUAGUUUCCUAAGGUCUUGAGCCUUGGGUGCUUUGGCAAACUACAUCUCCCAGGGCUACACGACAUUGAACCACGGCAGUGCAAGUGGUGCCAGUUUGGAUAAGUGAGCCUCGAAUAAUCCACUUCUAAGCAGAUAAGAUAAGAUAAUAAAUAUAAUAUGUAAUAAUUACUGUGGUAUAAUAAUACAGAACAAUAUAAUCUCUAAAGCCAGGAUAGUAAAUAAAGAGCAACACUCUGAAAGCAGGGAAAUUGGGAAUUCCAGAAAGGAAACAAUCAGGGCCAGCUAACACCUUCCAACAAAGGAUUCUCCCAGGCAGGAAGCAAACAGGCUUUGAAGCUGCAAGGCCAUUAAAUGCUAAUCAAGGUGGCUAAUUGCAGCAUUCAUACCUGCUACACUGAGACUGUUUCUAGGCCUGGAAGUGCAACAUAAACUCCUUCACGGAACACAUGGCCGAUGCAAAGGCGAGAAGACGUUACAAAAUUACAACACAUACCACGAAGGUAGUCGUAUAAUAACAUAUUCUAGUUACAUUUGAACUCCACUUUAAAAGGGUGCGUCCACACUGUAGGGAUCCAAACUGUAUAUUGAUAAUGUUAUAUUAUCUGCUUAGAACUUGAUUAUAUGAGGCCCCUUCUUCACAGCUGUAUAAAAUGCACACUGAAGUGGAUUAUAUGGCAGUGUGGACCCAGGAUAAUCCAGUUCAAAGCAGAUAAUAUAAGAUUAUAAAUGGGUAAUAUAGCUGUGUUGAAGGGCCUUGAGUCUACACUGCCAUAUAAUCCAGUUCAAACCAGAUAAUCUGUAUUUUAUAGGCAGUGUGGAAGAGGCCUGAUUGAAGAUGCCUUGGGCGCCAUUAAAUGUCUGAGUGGGUUGCUAGGAGACAAAGUGGGCGGCAAACUGGCAGCAGUGGGGAAAAAACAGUUAUUCCUCUCCCUCUAAUUAGGACUUUAUUUUUCUUGGUUUUUUUGAUGUAAAACGCACACCGGACAACUAUGUCUUUUGUGGCCAAAUUUGGUGUGAUUUGGUCAUGUAGUUUUGCUGUUUAAGUUAAGGGGGAAAUGAUCAGAACAUUUUUAUAUUUAUAGAUUACAGGAGUUUUGGCCUAGUGAUUAGUUUCUAUUUGUCUAUUUUUGUUUUUUUGUUUUGUUUUGUUGAUAUGGACAGUGAACUAAUCAAUAAACAGAUCUAUCAAUA